GUUUAAGGCGGCUACACCUUGUGAGUCGCCCCUCCGCUCUCUCUCUCUCUCUCUGCCUCUCCCUCUCUGUAUCUCGAUCUGUCGACCGAUCUAUCGAUCCCAUUGUACUGAACUCUUUUCCCCAAUAUCACCAGUACUCUCACUUUGAUUGUCUCUGCUCCAAAAAAUUUCCCAGAAAAUUUGCAAUCUUUUUGGAUAUCCUGUAUCAUUCUUUUUUAAGUUAUCCCAUUCAAGUUUUAAUAAAUAAAUCCCCAAGAUGCGGAGAAGUUUAUACAGACAAGCUUAUUUGAAGAAAUUGAGGCUCUCCCCUGAGUCCUGCUGGUCUUUCUUACCUUCUUCUAACUUGGUAAAAUAUCCUCAAGGUUCACACUUUCCCCAGAAAACUACACUAUCUGACAGCCAAUCCCAAUUCCAUUCUUCAUCUACAGAAGUGGGUUUUCCCCGAAUUGGUGAAUCAUUUUCUCGGACUCACCACAUGGGUAUAUUUAAUGUCACAAAAUCUGGCGACCCUUUAAGUUUUUCUGGGUCUUGUGGUUAUCCAAGGGAUUAUGCAAGUGUUGCUGAGGCCAUUGUUUCGACUUCAGAAGAAGACAUUGACGAAAUUCAAGAAUUACAAGAGGAAAUGAGCAAAGAAAAUAACGCUAGGGAACCAAAUUUUCAACAGGCGAAGCAGCCAAAAUUGGUGGGUGGGAUGGGGAUAGGAAAGUACACUAUACUUAGGAGAAGACAAAUGAAGAUGGAGACUGAAGCAUGGCAAGAGGCGGCUAAGGAGUACCAGGAGCUUCUAAUGGACAUGUGCGAGCAAAAACUUGCACCCAAUUUGCCUUAUAUAAAGUCAUUGUUUUUGGGCUGGUUUGAGCCAGUGAAAGAUGCAAUAGCAGCUGAGCAAGCGUUGUGCAAGGAAGGGAAAAAUCGGACUGCUUAUGCUAUGUACUUUGAUCAUUUACCGGCAGAUAUGAUGGCAGUCAUUACUAUGCAUAAGCUGAUGGGGUUGUUGAUGACUGAGGGAGGAAAUGGCAGUGCCAGAGUGGUGCAAGCUGCUUGCCAGAUUGGUGAAGCCAUUGAGCAAGAGCACCAUUUUGGUGCUAACUUUGCCAGUGACAUGGUAAGGGCGAACACUUGGAAACAAGCUUAA